AUGGCAAAUGGUUUCUUGGGUCGUUUAUUUGGUGGAAACAAAGCAAAAUCUACCACUAGCAAAAAGUUGACACCCUCUGCAAAGAAGCAGCAGCAGCAAAAGAGCGCACCUACCACCUCCACAAGCAGCAGCAACAGCAGCAAACCACCAUCGCCAGCACCUUCGCUGCCUCCUCCGCAGCUGCCUAAACUGACAUCCUCACCACCAUCACCUUCACCCUCAUUGCCUACACCAUCACCACCCAGCACGCCUUCAAUUGAGACGAAAUCAAAGAAUGACAUGAAUGACUUUUACAACAUCCAAGGCACCAGCAACGACAUGAAUGCGCACUUGAGCCAAUUCCAUAGUCUGUUACAGCACAAGCACGAGCAACAAGAUGAAUAUCUCACCAUCGCCUCAGCGACUUCAUCCCAUCUAUCGCUUCAAGAUGCUUUAUUCUCACACUUAUCCACAUCAGACACUCAAUCAGAAAUAACCCAAUUUUCAGAUUUUCCCAAAAUAGCAGUUGGUACACAACCACAACAGGCGUUUGAUCGUCCUGUUGGUGGUCGCCGUAACUCUGGCUUCAGCGUAGUGGAUGUCGUGGACUCUGAUCAGCAUGUGGAUGCUUAUGAGGAUGUUCAUACAAAGCAACUGUACGAACUUUACAUGGACGCUCUCCGCCAUCUAUCUCCGAAAUCAUCCCUUCGUCCUAGUCCAGCACAAGCAUUUCGACUGUUUGAAUACAUAGCCAAUCAACCCAUCGAGGACGCUGCUGAAAGCACACGCUAUUUGAUCGCCUAUGCUCAAUACUAUACAGGCCGCAUGCUGUAUGAAGCUACGUUGGAACACGACCAAGACGAAUUUAUAAAGCAACAAGGCCUCAAGUACCUGCUUGAUGCUUCUAAAAAUGGCAUUGCUUGUGCCACCUUCAUGUUGGGAUAUUAUGCCGAGUGUGAUGGCGAUAUUGAAUAUGCAUGUAACCUCUAUUACCAAGCAGCCCUGAAAGGCCAAUUGCUCGCCAAAGUCUACUUUGGAAACACAGUACUCUUUAGAGACAUCAAGGGCUAUCUACCCCAAGAUGCUGUUUGCCUGUUGAAGGAAGCCUCUCAUCAGGGCCAUUCUAUUGCGUCUCUGUCUUUAGCAUUGUAUUACGAAAAACAGAGUCAAAUUGACCAUGCCAUCCAGUACGCAGCUCGAGCCAAUUUACCUGCAAAACACCCCUACUUUUGCAUCUCCAGCUACCAAAUUGGCAUCAUCUAUCUCAAGGCAGGCAUCGAGUACGCAGACAUUGCCUUCCGCUAUCUGCUGGCAUCAGCGAGCUCACAUCAUGGUGGAACCAAGUAUGCACCAGCAUUGCGCAAACUGGGCACGCUGUCUCUGAUGGGCAUUGGCACACCAAAGAACCCCUCAGCAGCCUUCAAUUUGAUCCAGGAAGCAGCUAAAUUGGGCGACGAACCAGCCAACAUCAUAUUAGGCCAAAUGUACCAAAAAGGUCAAGGAUGCGUUGCAGAUCUGUUUCGUGCCAUGCAAAUAUUCGAAAACUACCCAGACAACAUUGCAGCUAAAUUAUCGCGCGGCCUGCUGGUCAUGAAGGACAACCCACACCACGCCUACCACGAAUUUGCCAGCAUCAUCACCCACUCACCUACUGCAUUCGACUUGGAGCACUGGAACGUACAGUCCAUCAAAAACGAAGCCAGUGUGCGCAUCGCUGUCUGGGAGUACAAUGGAAUUGGUGGAACUGAAAAGAAUCCUGAAAGAGCAUUUCACACGUUGAAGAAGCUCUCAGAUGACUGCAAUUACAGUGGUGCUCAUUUUUGGUUGGCAAACGCUUAUCUGGAUGGCGUCAAGCUGGACAAUGGCACAGUCAUUGUCCCCAAAAGCCAGGAUCUAGCCUUUCGCUGCUUCCUCAGGGGCGCCCAUCAGAACCAACCCAAAUGCCAAUACUACGCUGGCCUUAUGCUGAAGGAUGGCUACAGCUGUGCAGAGUACAACAAGUCGCAUGCACUGGCUUUCUUCAUGGACGCUGCCAACCAAAACCAUGACAUGGCGCUGACCCAAGUAGGCGCUUACUACUUUACCGGCAGCAUUGGCACGCAAGGCCGUGAUCUGGACAAGGCUUUCCGCUACUUUUCGGCUGCAGCCAAGCAAAACAAUGCACUUGCUAUUCAGUAUUUGGCUGACUACAUGAUCAAGAACAAUGCCAGUGGUCCCAUUAACCACUAUCAGAUUUACACUGAGCUCAAUCGAUCAGCAGGUGCUGAGCAGGAUCCCAUAGCCUACCGAAUGCUAGCAUUGGUGGUGAUUAACAGCAGCAUUCAUCCCAGCGAGACGUACGAGGACAAACAACAUCCCGUAUAUCAGGACCUGGCCCGCAUCUACAACAAUGCCAAGGUGGAUGCCAUGAUGAGCCAGUCUGACCUCAAGUUCAAGUUUGCCCUGCACUUACUCUGGAGAGCCAUUGAGCUGAACGAUCAUGCCUCUGGACAGUAUCUGUGUAACUUUUACAGUCGUAUGAAUGAUGAAGAUGUGACCAAGACGAUUGAACUAUUUGAAAAGGUGGAGAUGGGCGUACCAAACAAAUUGACCAUUGCCUUUGCUCGAUUCUUAAAAGUGUCCAAAAAUAGAGCAAGCGCUUUGACCAAGUUUAUUGAGGUGGCAUCCUGCAACGAUAUCACCACGAGCAUUGGAUGGACUGCACGUCUGGAGGCUGCCAAGCUGAUCCUGCUGGAACACCAAGGCAAGGCGCGCACAAAAGCACUGGUCUUUGCUUGGCUCAACGACAUGAUCAAAUUCAAUGGCAAGAACCUGUUUGUUCCAUUCAUUCUCUUGGCAAAAUGUCAUGAUGAUGAGAUUUGUGCUGGCUGCAAAAAGACGGCAUCCACUUCGUUGUAUGAAAGUGGUCUUUUGUGCAAACUAGACAAUGCUGAACUGGAGCUGUUUGCUAGAAUGAGGCUUAUCGAGACUUAUUACAAAUCACACAAUACCGCCAUUACAAAGCAGCUGGAUUUAGCUGAACCACUGCUUGAUGCGAUUACUGACUUGCAAGAGAGAAACUCCAAAUCAGCAGACCUGUAUUACUAUCGAGGAUUACUAUCGUUACAUAAUGGCACAAUCUACAAUUACAGAGAGAGAGCCCGAUACUAUCUCACAAAGGCUGAUCAACUAGGUCAUAUGUACGCCUGUCUUGAAUUGGGCUAUCUUUAUGGUACCACCCAGUCUCAGGAGGAGAAAGCAGAUGCCUGCUUCCAAAAGGUAGAUGCUAGCAAGCACACGCUGUUCUCUCUCAAGAGCAGAAUCACUGAAUCCAUGGUCCAGUUCCGCACCAAAAACAUCCAUACGUCCAAUGACUAUCUGAUCGAAAUCAACAAGAUGAAGCUGGCUGCUGGCAUCACCUACAGUUACUACCACAUGGAACGUCAAGCCCUGGACUGGUUGCAAGAAGUGUCUGAUAACACAUUAGCGCAAAUCAUGAUCCUAUACUACAAGAUGAAGGAGGUGGACCAACGCACCUCGUACAAUAUCAAGCGUAUCUCUGACCUGAUGAACCCAUUUGAGGCAACUCCGCAACUCGACUAUUACAGCAGUAUGGCGUUGAGCUACGGCCAGUUCCGUCUGGGCCAAUGCUACGAAGAUGGCAAUUGUGUGCCUCAAGACGACAACAAGGUGCUUGACUACUAUACCAAGGCCUGUGCGUAUUUGCAAAACAACGAAACAUACGAACGCCUGGCUGAGAUCGCUAGCAAAAGUGGUGCGGAUAUCAAUCUGUUCCCUACUCUGUGCAAUGCAGCUCGCAACGAUCCCACGGCCAUCUACAAACUGGCUCAAUACUACCACCACAAGGAACUGAACCCUGCUGAUCCAGACGUCCCUUGCAAGAAGGCGGCUGAUCAAUACCUCAAAGCUGCUCAAGCUGGACACCCAGAAGCCUGUUACUAUUACGCCAAGUACCGCAUUGACCAGAUGCGCCAAUCCACACAACUGAACGCUGCUGUCAAAUCCAAGAAGGCUGUCAACUAUCUGCGCAUGGCUGCCAACAAGAAUCACGGCCCCUCCUUUUACGAAUUAGGUAAAUUGGAGCUCGCUGCUGGCUUGUAUGAAGAAGGCCAAGAAGACUUGAAGGAAGCUGAUUUCCUUGGAUGCGGUGCUGCUAGUUUUGAACUUGGCGAGCUCUACAGAAAGGGCUUUACAGGCGUGAUCUCUGACAAGGUGACUUUCCGCAUCACACAAAACUUGAACACAGCACUGCAGUACUACAGACGCGCCAUGGAUUUUGGACAUGUCUUGGCCAUGGUGCGCAUUGGCGACUUUUUGGAAACAGGCGCUUUGGGUGAUCAGAGUACAAGUCAAGCCAAAGCAUGGUACAAACGUGCGCUCAGUCAAGGCUGCCCUGACGGUGCUGCCGAAUACGCGCUUGGGUGCUUGGAAGAAACCUGCAUCAGUAUUGCGCGUCCUACGGAUCCUCUAGUGCUCCAAAAGCAUCGCACCUCUGCAUUCAAAUGGUUCACCAAAGCCCUCAAGGCAAACAACAAGGCUGCGCAGUUCAAGAUUGGCUGCUAUCUGUUGCAUGGCUGGGUCUCUCAAACAUCCACCUCUAACGAUGUUGAUCGUGGUGUGCACAUCUUGCAAGAAGAAAAUGCCAAUGGCAAUGUCAUGGCUAUGAAAGAGUUGGCUCGUUACUAUCAAGAGAUGGGUAAUGAAAAGCGUGCAUUUAGCUACUGGCGAAAUGCCGAACUCUUGAAUGAUCCUGAAGCGCUUGAAUUCAUUGCUCAAUGCUUUGAGAAGGGUCUUUUGGGCCAAGCUGUCAAUGGUGAGGCAGCAUUGGCGUACCGCGCUCGUGCUUUGGAAGCUCGCAAACAAGCUGUCGAGACACAACGCAGUAUGAUGGGCUUCAAAUCCGAUUACUCUGAUGAAAGAAACGAUCGUUCCAAGUAA